AUGAAUGUAAAAUGUGAUUACUGUGAUGCUUUAGUUUUUCAAAAUGAGCAUGGAAGAAUCAAGCAUAAUUGUUGCCAUCAUGGUAAAAUUCAACUAGUUUCCCCCCAGUACCCCGAAGCACUAAGAGAAUUAUUAUUAGGACAUUCUUCUGAUACACAACAUUUCAGACAGAACAUACGCUCAUACAAUGCAUUUGCAAUGGCAGCAUUUGCACCUGCUGAGGAGAUUCUUUUUAAUGGUAUAAGUUGUGCUACAGUAAAAGGUGAAGUAAAUGCACUUGCAGCUACCGGCGUUAUACCCAAAAAUGUUGAAAAACCAAGAUAUGCACAAAUUUAUAUUCACGAAAAUGAUGCAACAUAUACUGAUAGGUUAUCUGACAAGUGUAGUUUGCCUGUGUUACAAAUAAUUCAAAGUGUUAUGAGCCCUAAUCCCUAUGUUAAAAACUAUAAAACACUUUACCAGAAAUAUGAAGAACAUCCGGAAGAAGAUGUUCAUUUAAUGUUUCGUCGUAGUGCUAUUUCUGACGGUCGUCGAUAUAACUUGCCGGCUUCAAGCGCUUCGUCUGAAAUCGCAGCAGUCAUCGUUACGGGAAAUGAUGGUAUUAUUCCAUCUGCAAUAGAUUUUGUGGUUUAUCCGAAGCAAAAUUAUGAAUGCCAAAAAUUAUUUAAAUUAUCUCAACAUGUGGAACCCAUGGUUUUCCCAUUGUUAUUUCCAUUAGGGAAUCCAGACUACUACGUAGAUAUGAAAAAUAAUUUGUCUGCUCGAAGAAUUAAGGCAGUGCAAUAUUUUGGAUGGCAAAAAUUAUUUAAAUUAUCUCAACAUGUGGAACCCAUGGUUUUCCCAUUGUUAUUAGGGAAUCCAGACUACUACGUAGAUAUGAAAAAUAAUUUGUCUGCUCGAAGAAUUACGGCAGUGCAAUAUUUUGGAUGGCAACUACGUGUCACCAAUAGUUUUAACAUUAUAACUAUGGCUGGUAGAUUGACCCAACAAUAUGUCAUACAUGGAUAUAUCACAAAUGAGUGGAAUCGAUUAAAUUACUUUCGCACACAUCAGGAUAAGUUUCGUCGAGAAAGCGUGCAGGGGCUUCAAAAUCAGGUUGAACGUAGUGCCGGAAAUAUGUCUGACGCAGUUCGCCUUGGUAGGAUAAUGGUACUACCAUCAACAUUUGAAGGAAGUCCUCGAUCGAUGCAGCAACAUUUCCAAGAUGCCAUGGCUUUAUCAAGAGAAGUAGGAAGGCCAGAUUUGUUUAUUACCUUUACUUCCAACCCGCAAUGGCCUGAACUUCGAGAUUUCCUUAGAACACUACCUGCAGACUAUGCUGCAAGUGGCAUUCCACACGUGGCUGCUCGUGCUUUUUUAUUAGGUUUGAUACUUUCAUAA